AUGCGGUUCCCUGUCGUCUGUUACUUGGUCAGCACUGUGGUCUUCGCUGUCUGCCAGGCAGCCACCCUUCCUCGCGGCAACCGGACAGUCGCCAACCAGCAUCUACAGACUUGGUGGCACCCAACUGGCGAGAUCAACCCCAGCACACCCGUGCUCGAUGGCAACGUCCGGCAGUCCCACGUCUACACCAUCCAAGUCGCUGCAGACAAGACAUACUACGACUCGUUUGUAUACGAGUCUAUCCCACGCAGCGGGUAUGGCCAGCGCCUCAGCCCGACCAACGAUACCCUUGGUGGAAACACCGACGGAGUCAGCAUCGAGGGUGUCGCCGGCAUCAACAUGGCAUGGACCCAGUUUCUGUAUGCCACCGACGUGACCGUCAAGAUUACCCGUGGUGACGGAUUCGCUCCGCCGGACCCAUCAAAGGUGGUCAUCCGGCCCACGACACUGACCUAUCGAAUGUCGACAGACGGCCAGUCCCUGUACAUCAAGGUGCCCUACUCGGACCGAGAACAAAAAUUCUCAGUCGAGUUCCAGGACGACCUCUGGAGCUACCGCGGCGGUGGCACGGACGGCCUGUUUGUCCAAGACGUGGACCCCAACGGUCCCAACUUUGUCCUCAGCUACAACUCUAGUAACCCUGUCCUGGGCAUAGAGCCGACCAAUGCCCUACUCAUCUUCGCUAGCCCGUUCCCUCCCUCGUCUGAGGUUCCAGACAAGUCGCGCCACAGUACGUAUGUUGUCCCCAAAGGUCAUGUUGCAAGCCUUCAGAACGUCACCCAGUCCACCGUCUAUUUCCCUCCCGGAGUGUAUUGGUUUGGAGGCGCCAACCACGGAAUCCUGUCACCCAGUGUCGACUGGGUGCACUUUGCGCCGGGCUCGUACGUCAAAGGCGCCAUCGAGUACAACACGACAGCGAGCCUUGUUAAGGCUACUGGCUACGGCGUGCUGUCAGGUGAACAAUACGUCUACCAGGCCAACGUCGCCGACGGCUACACCAAUAACAAGAGCGACGCCACCUCUCUUAGAAUGUGGUCUGGCAGCCUCACUGCCAAUCAGACUUGGAUCUGCCAUGGGCCCACCAUCAACGCGCCCCCGUUUAACACAAUGGACUUUCAUGGAGCACCUGUUUCUCACGUCUCCGACUACAAGCAAGUCGGGGCCUUCUUCUGGCAGACGGAUGGAAUGGAAGUGUACCCAGGCAGCACCUUCAGCGAUAUCUUCUACCACGUGGGGGACGACUGCGUCAAAACGUACUACUCGGAUGUCGACAUUCGUCGCCUCGUGGUGUGGAAAACGACCAACGACCCCAUUUUUCAGAUGGGUUGGGCCCCUCGCAACGUUACCAACGUCACGGCGUCUGACAUCAACAUCAUCCACGCUCGAUACCCAGGAGCCAACAUGGUGGUCCCGAGCGCCAUCAUUGGCGCUUCGCCCAACUACCUCGACAUUUCGGCCACACCAACAACGCCGACCUCUCUAGCCACAUCGCAAACUUUGAACUGA